AUGCAAUGCGCCAAUCACCAAAUCCCAUAUGGGACAUGGCGCCUGCGUGUAUUCCAACAGGUCCUGAAUCCAUCCCAAGCCAUACAACCGACCCGCCGCAGCUUUUCCAGCUCAACCUACAAAAACCAGAACGAAGACAAAACCACAAGCUCCCCAUCACAACAACUCCCACAAUCACCCUUCGUCACACAUCCCCGCCGACAAACAGGCCGAAAAACCGACAUAAAACUCGAUCCGAAACUUGAAGGUCCAGAACCCCUUUCCAAAAACCCCUGGGCCCAAGCUCUAGCCUCGCCAAUCCGAUCAUGCGCGCUCACAAGCGCACGAAUACCACGCUCUCUAAUGGGAGAAUGGGGACUAGUCCGAAAACCAAAUACCGAAGAACUCUUCAUACUACCGGUAAAUUACCUGAAAGACUUUUUGAAAAAAGCACCCUCAACGAGCGAAGCUCAGGCUCCGACUCCAAACGCAGCGCCACAUCCUGUAUCGGGAUCAGUCAUGAAAACAAAAUCCAACCGCAACCUUGUAUACCAUAUGACGAAUCUUAUUUCAUCUCUACGAGCUUUGGUAGAACCACUGGGUACGCAGCGCGGCAGACGACCACCUGUUUUUCGACUCGUGCCUUUCCGAUGGAAACAUCCGCAGGGACCUGUGACGAAGCGCGAAGAAGGGCAUAUGAACUGGUUAGAUGAUAUGCCGCAGUAUGUGCUCCGACGUAUGAGACGUGAUCUGAGUACUCGGCUUGUGAGCGCUUGUCAAAAAUCGAAUGUGCUUGGUGCUGCUAAUGGUGUUUGGAGUGUUAUUGGGCUGGAAGAGUAUUCACACUCUGGUCUUUUGGAGGGACUGGGGAGGCUAGCGCCAAUUGAUGGCAUGGAAUGCGGUGCUGUUAUUCUUCUUGGCUUGUCACAAAAUGGAAUCAAUCAGGGGAAGGAUGCGAAGUUUCCGGACUCGGUCGACUUGCCUCAGAUUGAAAGAGGUGUACCGGUAUUUGAUUUAUCGGUGCUUUUAUCGGAGUCGGAAUUGGUGGAGCUAAGAGAGACGGUCCCGCACUUUCAGGAGACAGCGCUGUUUUUCAGACCUAAUAAUAAGGCUGUUAUGGAUUUGAUGAUGUCUUUGUGGAAAUUGAAACGGUAUAGCACAGAAGAUAGGGAGAUGGAGCGUUUGAUGAAGAUAAAGCGCUAA